AUGGUCGUUCACGUCCUCGACAACUAUUACCUGGCGAUCACACUGCUCAUAACAAUCGCCUACCAGCUGAUCGCAUUCGCAAUCGCGUUCUCUCUCAAGUUCGACAAGAUCACCGACUUUGCGGGCGGCACCAACUUCAUCCUUGUGUCUGUUCUGACGCUCGCAUUUUCAGAGAGUCCCGAUGCCCGACAAAUCGUCGCAUCGUUGUUCAUCAUGAUCUGGGCUGCGCGCCUGAGCGGCUUCCUGCUCUUCCGCAUUCUCAAGACCGGCAAGGACGACCGCUUCGACGACAAGCGCGACAAGUUCUUCCCCUUCCUCGGCUUCUUCGUGUUUCAGAUGAUUUGGGUCUGGAUUGUUUCAAUGCCCGUCACGAUACUGAAUUCGCCAAAAGUCCAGCAGUACCCUCAGGAGAGCUUCGGCACAGCGAAUGAUAUCAUAGGUGUGAUUGGCUGGGCGAUGGGAUUUGGAAUCGAAAGUGUGAGCGAUGUGCAGAAGUAUCGCUUCCGCAGCAACGAUGCCAACAAGGGCAAGGUCUGUGACAAGGGCUUCUUCAGCUGGUCUCGUCAUCCCAACUAUGCUGGCGAGAUCUUGACGCAGUUUGCGAUUUACACCAUGUGCGUGUCGCCUGCCUCAUACAAGAACACGCCGACCGGCUCAGGACCUUACGCCGCCCUGUACGCCUCCAUCGUCGGGCCCAUCUUCCUGACGGUCUUGCUGCUCUUCGUCUCUGGCCUCACUCUUCAGGAACGACCAGGCGCGAAGAAGAAGUACGAGAAAUCUGGCCCCAAUGGCAAGGAAUGGCUUGACUACAAGGCCUACACGGAACGGACGAGCAUUUUGAUCCCAAUUCCGAGCAAGCUGUAUGCGCCUCUGCCGUUGUUCAUCAAGCGGACUCUGCUCAUGGAGUGGCCGAUGUACCGCUUUGAUCCCGCGAAGCAUGCAGACCAGGACAAAGUCAGAGAGCGCGAGGCGGAAGAAGGUGGAAGGCAGGAUCGGAGCGAGAGCGAAGCCACGCGUGUUGAUGCCCAAGACGGGAAUGUGAGUCGCAAUGGGAGUAAGGAUGGUUUGAACAGUGACAGGCAUUAG